AUGUCUGACAAUCCUGAGAUGAAACCGCAUGGUACGAGCAAGGAGAUUGUGGACUCAGUUACUGACGCCACCUCAAAGGCUAUUGACAAGCUGCAAGACGAACUCCAUAAGGACGCCAGUGAAUCUGUCACACCAGCAACCAAGGAGAACACGGCUGCUGCGAAGGAAAGUAGGAAGUACAACUUUUUCAUUAGAACCGUCUGGACGUUUGUUAUGAUCAGUGGGUUUUUCAUCACCUUAGCAUCAGGCCAUGCAUGGUGUAUAGUGCUGAUUUUGGGGUGUCAAAUUGCUACUUUUAAAGAAUGUAUUGCUGUAACAAGUGCUUCCGGUCGCGAGAAGAAUUUGCCACUAACAAAAACGUUGAAUUGGUAUCUUCUCUUCACCACAAUCUACUAUCUAGAUGGAAAAUCGCUCUUCAAGUUCUUUCAAACCACGUUCUACGGGUAUCCUGUAUUGAAUUUCAUUGUAACAAAUCACAAGUUUAUUUGUUAUUGUCUCUAUCUUUUAGGGUUCGUUUUGUUCGUUUGUAGUUUAAGAAAGGGAUUUUUGAAAUUCCAGUUCGGAUCAUUAUGCGUCACUCAUAUGGUUCUUCUUUUAGUGGUAUUUCAAGCACAUUUGAUCAUCAAGAACGUGCUUAACGGUCUAUUUUGGUUCUUACUACCAUGCGGAUUAGUCAUCGUUAAUGAUAUCUUCGCCUACUUGUGCGGCAUAACAUUCGGUAAGACUAAGCUAAUAGAGAUUUCCCCUAAGAAAACCUUAGAAGGUUUCCUUGGUGCUUGGUUCUUUACCGCUCUAGCAAGCAUCAUAUUGACAAGAAUUUUGAGCCCCUAUACUUACUUGACGUGCCCUGUGGAAGAUCUUCAUACAAACUUCUUUUCCAACUUGACAUGUGAAUUAAAUCCUGUUUUCCUUCCACAAGUUUAUAGGCUUCCACCUAUCUUCUUCGAUAAAGUGCAAAUCAAUUCCAUUACAGUAAAGCCAAUAUAUUUCCAUGCUUUAAAUUUGGCUACCUUUGCAUCAUUAUUUGCACCAUUUGGCGGAUUUUUCGCAUCUGGUUUAAAGAGAACUUUCAAAGUUAAAGAUUUUGGACACUCCAUUCCAGGUCAUGGUGGUAUCACAGACAGGGUCGAUUGUCAAUUCAUAAUGGGCUCUUUUGCCAAUUUGUAUUAUGAAACAUUCAUCAGUGAACAUAGGAUAACAGUAGAUACUGUUUUAUCCACUAUUUUGAUGAACUUGAACGACAGGCAGAUCAUAGAGUUGAUCGAUAUAUUGAUUAAAUUCUUAUCUAAAAAAGGUAUAAUAUCACCAAAAAAUUUUGAGAAACUGGCUGAUAUUUUCAACGCCAUUAAAAAACCAUUGGCCGAUCACUCUUGA